CUGGGAGUUUAUGGAGGCUGCAGCAGUGGAAAAUGAAGAUCUCCUCUGUGGCCUUCGCUCUUCUGACUCGAGCACUGCUUGAAGAUUUGUGUUUUGCCAUCAACGUCACCAUCACCCCUUCCCCCUUCACUGUGGCCCAGGAGGGUCAAAACAUCACUCUCUCCUGUGUUGUGUCUCAGAGGCGCCGAAACGCUGCCCUACCUGUGGUGAAAUGGACUUUCCUACCUGCAGGCACAGACCGGCCGGAGGACGAACUCCUCAUCGCCCGUGUAAACAUGAGGAAGGCCCGUUUUUAUGGCAACUACACAAAGAGUUUCUCAUGGCCCAAAAUGAAACUGACAGUGGUGAAGCAGGGAAAAAUCUUUGACCUGCUUAUCUUGAAUGUGUCUGAGGGGGAUCGGGGGCUUUACAUGUGCCGGGUGCAGGAGUUUAAAAAGCAUCAGGACCGCUGGAAGGCUGCUUCAAACUGCACGGCUGCUACUGAGCUCAGAGUGCAUGUCCUACCAUCCACCAAAGCCAAAGAAAGCUUGUGGAGCUUGUUUGAAGAUGUGUACCUGUGUGCAGUGCUGAUCUGCUCAGUGGGUCUGCUGUGUAUGUGCAUGUUCACUGUGACAGUAACCUGCCAGUACAUACAGAGGAAGCAGAGGUUAAAAGAUAAUUACAACUUGGUCAAAAGCCCUCAGAACAGCUCAGGAGAGACAGUUACCAGUUUAGUCAAUGUAUCUCCUGCCCUGCCAAAGAAGGAAAGGAGGUACAGGAAGAAGCGGAGCAGAGACUACCAAGAGGAGAUACCACCAGAGAUACCAGCAAAAGCUCCCAUUGGAGACAAAACACGGAAACCUAAACUUUUAAAACCACAGCCGAGGAAAGUAGUGUUGCCGAAGAUAGUGGAGGAGAAUCUGACAUAUGCAGAGCUCGAUCUGGUGAGGCCCAUCCCAGAAGCCAAGGCAUCAUGUAGCGGCACUGUGUAUGCUCAGAUACUCUUCGAGGAGCAGCAGCUGUGAAGCAGAAACACACACACAGACACAUUCACACCACUACUUACUGUGCCUUGUGUAAAAAGCAAUGUCUAUUUAUAUUCUGUAUUAUUUUGUACUCAAACAUUUGUGAAGAGCAAAACGUGUAUUAUAUUACACGUAUGACACAAUUGUACAUAUGAUUUUAUAUGUUUUUAUAUUACUUAUUUUAAUGAGACCAAGGUGCAAAUGAGAUGUUUUGUAUACUGGAGUAUUUUCUUUUGAAAUCAUGUUGGAAUCCUGUGUAGUUCACACUUAGAACACAAUGGAGGGCCAUGGUGUUGAUUUUCACUAAAUUUGUCCCUGAUGGCAAUUGAGAUUUGGGAUUCAUAAUCUCAGAUUAUUCUUUGACUUCCUCUCUGAUCCCAAACCGGUUUUAUUUCUUAUUUUUAAACCUAUAUCGACAGGUGAAAGUUCUGUGGUGCUUAAUAGUUGUACAAAAGGCAAGUAGAGAGUAUAAAGAACAUUUAUGAUAGUGGUAUUGAUUUUCUCUUUCCCCAAAAAUAUCAAACUUUGCUUUCAAUUUAUAAAAACAUGUGAUUCCAGAUAAUAACGUUUUGAUAAAGUGAAGAUAAGAAGGCUUUAUUUUUUAGAACAAAAUACAUAUAAUGUGAUAUUUAGUUGCUUUGAGAUCUUUGAGACAAGUGAACUGUGGAAAAUCCCUUUCAGAGUAAAUCUACGAAGGCCAGGCAAACUAGAUUAAGGACUUCCGUAUAUGGGUGUGAAUUAUUGCAUUUUUCAACGUCGAUUGAGAUCUGGGUUGUUCUGCCUGACAACAUCUGUGCCCAUUCUGUUGUUAUGUGACUCUUCAUAAUGACCACAACUCCACAGAGUUGAUAUUAAAGUAGCGAUUAGCCCCUCAACCUUCCCCCAAAGGCAAGUAUGUGAGACCUUUCAUCUGGUGCCAACAUCAACUUAACAGGCUGUUAGCACCACACACACAUGCACAUAAACAUACACUCAAGGGUGGAGUUACAUCUAAGCUAAACAACCUCCUAAAGUCAAACAUGUAAAGGCGCAUUCUAAAAAUCCAAAAGACUGCAAACUGUUGUCACAGCUGAUCUACAAAUGGGGACAAACUAAGAUCUGUGCUACUUUUUGACUCCACUAAAACCAUAGUUUCAAUUUUUAUGUGUUUUUGUCUUGUCAGAUAAGAUAAGCUCAGCUAUAAUUCCACAUACCUUUGAAAAAGAUCUCCUUCCUUUUUUCAUUUUCCAUGAAUCUGAGUGUGAAAGUGCUUAGGCUUCAUUUUUCCAUUCAAUGAUUCCCUGGAUUCAGGCAUGGAAAAGCAAAGGAGGGUUUUUUAAACAGUGAACUUGAAACCCAGACAAAAAGGCACCGGAUUCCCCCUCCCCUCCCCACACUUCCAAUAUCUCAUGUGGACUUAUCCAUGAGGUUGGAGCAGCCCUGGAAGAAGUAUCCAGACAUUUUACUUAAAUACCUAUACAACACUAAACCUAAACAACAGUGUAAGUAAACUCAUAAUUCGGCAAUUUCAGCGUAAACUGAGUGGUGUUGAAAAUCCUUAUUCUGCAAGAAAAUCAAUCCUGUGAGCAUUUAUUUUUCUAUAUCAAUUGUAGUAUUUUUAUUUCUUUUACGUAUGCAUCAGUUCAUGAAAAGCACGUCAUUCUCUGUUUUGAUGUGAUGUGGUAUAAAGUCAGUCUCCCUCUCGUCCUCAGCUGAUUACUGGGUUAAGUAAAAAGGAAAUUAAAGCCCUUAUUCAGAAACCACUGCUUCUUUUAUUGGACAAUUAUCAACAACUAAUUAAAUAGUAUUACCUGCAAACAACCCGUAGGCGUCCAAGUCAUCUUUAUCUGUAACCUUACUCCUGACCUUUUUCAAAUGUUAAAAAGUUGUAUUGAAGAAAAAAAAAAAACUAAAUUAAAGAUGAACAGUAUACCUAGUUUUUUUUUUUUAGCAUCCCACAUGUCUGCCAUUCAAAAUGUAAGUAUCGUUUUCCAAGGCUCACCGGAUGAAGUGUUGCCUCAAAUGUUAGCGAAAAUAGCUUCCAACCCGCUAACUGGAGAAAGUGUGGACUAAAUUGAGUAAAACAAUGUCAUUCCUUUGAAAACCAUUUAACAAUUAACUAAUAAUUGGUAGCCAUAUUUGCUUUGGAGUUAUGUAAGGACUUUAAAGAAAAACUAUAUAGCAACUACAGUUAGCUUGCUAGCAACUAAUGAAAUGUACUGGAUUAGUAAGUUGAUUGUAAUGAAAAAUGUAUCUUCCAUUUAGAUACUGAUUUUAUAACUCAUGUCUCUUUAAAAUUGUCAAACUCCAUCACUCCUUUCACACUCUCUGCACCCGUGGCUCUAUUUUACAUUUCGGUUUUAUUGACCUCUGUUUGUCAGCGUUCCAAUGUUCCAUUGUUGUUCUCUGCAUGUUUCAGUUGCACAGUGUGUAUUAUGUAUGUAUGAAAAGCCUGACAGUGACCUUUCAGUGGCAGGCAGAAGUGUAUUUAAAAUGCCCUCAAACUGUGAAAUGUAAAGUUUUUUCCAGACCGCAUUGUCCUUAAUGGGAGUCUGCUAACUAGAACCAUGUGUUUGAAUUGUGCCUGGCCGCUCUCUGCAACCCUCUUUUCCCUCUCCCUCUCUCUCUCUCUCUCUCUCUCUCUCUCUCUCUCUCUCUCUCUCUCUCUCUCUCUCUCUCUCUCUCUCUCUCUCUCUCUCACUCUCUCACUCUCUCACUCUCUCACUCUCUCACUCUCUCACUCUCUCUCUCUCUCUCUCUCUCUCUCUCUCUCUCUCUCUCUCUCUCUCUCUCUCUCUGCCCACCUCUGACCUCUGCAUUCAGCAACAUUCCAGCAUUUGUUGUUCAUUUGGUUGUUUUGUACAGUGUGUAUCAGUAAUUGAAAUAAAUAUAAAACUGGA